AACCAGUCUUGUUUGUACAUCUUCAACAGCCUCAGUUCUGUAGCAAGUAAAAGUUCCAAACAAUUGAAUAAUCAUGUCCCUUAUGCCUUAUUCCGAUCUCCAUACGAUGGUGGAUCCAUUCGAGCCCUACGACAUGUUUGAACCGUACGGCCAGCUACAAACAUUCGACCCUUAUGCGCUCGGUAGCAACAUGAUGCCACGGUCGAUGAGAAGGUCGAUGCACCGCAUGGAUCAAGAGCUUGGGAAAUUGUUAUCCAGCGUUAAGGAAGACGAUAAAUCGUUUCAGAUGACUGUUGAUGUUUCCCACUUCGAUCCUAGUGAAAUUACGGUCAAGACAACCGAUAACAACAUCAUAGUCCAUGGAAAACACGAGGAGCGCAAGGAUAGGUUCAGCACCGUUUCACGGGAAUUCCGUCGUCGCCUGACUAUCCCUCGAGGAGUUAAUCCUGAGCAAGUGACUUCCACCAUGUCACCGGAUGGAGUUUUAACCAUCAUGGCCCCGAAACUGAUGCUGGAAGGUUCGAAUGAACGAAUUAUUCCUAUUACAAUGGGCCAAGCAGGUAGGCAGAGAAACCCGGCCAUCUCAGCUUAGUGAAAUCGGGAACAUAAUAGUGAUGUUACGAUGUAAAACGAUGUUCUCCCAUUUCUGUACUGCAUAGCUUUUUUCCCUUUCAUUUUUGCUUAUUCUACCUUCGUUUGUUUUACUACGAAAAUCCCGACGUCUGAAAUACACAGUAUCGUGAAAAGUA